AGGGAUGUCCUCCUCAGCUUCUGCGGGAAAAAAACCGCGUCCUUACCACCCUGCCUCCCUACCUAUACCCGCUCGCGAUUCUUCCCCACCAAUUCUCCGACCCAUCCAACCCAACCCAAUCUAUCACCUCAAAAUUCCCGCAAUCUCACAUCGUUUUGGCCCUCAAUCCACCUCCUUCGAUCCCCAAGUCCCCUGCCCCUCGUCGGUUUUGCGCCAAAUUCGUCUCCGCCUCAAGAUCCGGUUUAGUUUUUACCAAUUCAUCAAGCCUCCAAACCGAGCCACAGAAAUCGAAUCAAAUGCAUCAGGCUUGCGCAACGCGGAGUUGAUGCUACCCGGCGAUGGAUCGUCGCAUCCUCAGGAGUGCGUCUUUCAACGGCUGUGGUAAGAAUCCGCCCCCUUCCUCGCCGGUGGCGGGGUCCCAGGAGGCCGCGGGGUCGAAGGACGACGCCGCUGCCGGCGAGCGUAAGGCGCUGCUACCGCGGCAGCUGUCCGGCGGCAUGGCGCGGAAGGGCCAUAAGGGGCCCAAGCGGUGCGUGCAGUGGAAGGAUAGACAUGGCAAGAAGCUUACAGAGGUCUUGGAAUUCCAGCCUAGUGACUCAAGCGACUCGGAUGACGAAUAUUUGGAUACAUGCAUGUGCUCAAUCAUGUAAAUACCACGAAACUAAAUCUCUGGCGCAUCUUGCACAUUUGGAGUAUAUCAUGUGUACAAAGAGCUGUAUCUCAGUUUUGAUGUUCAGCUUGACCCUAACAGUCACGUAUACAUAAGUUCACUUCAACAGACCCCUUCUGCCUCUUGUACGCGAGGAAGCGCAAACUGCAAUGGACAAACUGGUGAGAACUGGGAAGCACUGGAUCUGUUGGAUCUGCAAUUGGCCUUCACUGGGAACUACAUCAGAAUCCUACGAAAUUACCACUGGACACAGUAUUUAGAAAGGAUAAAGAAGCCAAGGAAGAACCUAUUUCUUUGGUUUAUUUUUGGAUCGCACAGCAUCCUUGCUUUUUUUGCCGCGUAAUCAUCCAUGAUAAGGAAAAUGCUAUUAGAAUAGGGCUCUAGUAAUUCUUGUUGCACGGCCACAAUUCUGAAUGGUUUUGUCAAAUAGUAUUUGAUGUGUUAACAGGUGAUGUGCCCUUUUGAUACUUGAUGCCGUAAUAUAUUAUACAUUCUAUUUACAGGAA